AUGGAAACCCUAAACAACCAUCCAAUUUUGGUUUCUAAAAUCGCCAUUAUAGGGGCUGGAGUAAGCGGCAUAGCUGCUACCAAACAACUAUCCCACCACAACCCUCUUGUUUUUGAGGCCUCUGACUCCAUUGGUGGGGUUUGGAAGCAUUGCUCCUACAAUUCUACGAAGCUUCAGUCACAUCAACGGGGUUAUGAGUUCAGUGAUUUCCCUUGGCCUGAAAGAGAUAAUUCAGAUUUCCCUACCCACUUGGAGAUUUUGGAUUACUUGCACUCCUAUGCUGAGCACUUUGAUGUGCUGAAGAACAUUAGGUUCAACUCCAAGGUGGUGGAAAUCCGGUUUGUUGGGGACCAAGAUGCCUCUGAUUUUGAAGAUUAUGGAAACCCACUUCCUGGUCAGCCAGUAUGGGAAGUUGCUGUUCAGACCAAUCAAUCAGACACCAUUCAGUGGUACGCCUUCGAAUUUGUAGUGGUUUGCAUUGGAAAAUAUGGUGACAUACCCUUGAUUCCAGAAUUUCAAGACAGCAAAGGCCCUGAAGUUUUCAAGGGGAAGGUCGUGCAUACGCUUGAUUACUGUAAACUUGACCAGGAAGCUGCCACUGAACUUCUCAAGGGAAAGAAGGUUGUGGUGGUCGGUUUCAAAAAGUCAGGUAUCGAUAUAGCCACGGAAUGUGCUCAGGCAAACCAAGGACCUGAAGGGCAAGCGUGCACCAUGGUAAUAAGGACUUUGCAUUGGGUAGUUCCCCAUUACUGGAUUUGGGGAUUGCCAUUUUUCUUGUUCUACUCAACAAGGUCUUCUCAGUUCCUCCACGAAAGACCUAACCAGGGUUUACUCAAAGCACUUCUUUGCCUCCUGUUAUCUCCAGUGAGACGUGGAAUUUCAAAGUUUAUUGAGUCCUACCUGCUCUGGAAACUCCCUUUGGAUAAGUAUGGGUUAAAACCAGAACACCCUUUUGAGGAAGAUUAUGCAUCUUGUCAAAUGGCUAUCAUGCCAGAAAAUUUCUUCUCUGAGGCUGAUAAGGGAAAAAUUGUAUUCAAAAAGGCAUCAAAGUGGUGGUUCUGGAGUGAAGGGGUUGAAUUUGAAGACAAUUCUAAAAUAGAAGCUGAUGUUGUGAUUCUUGCAACUGGUUUUGAUGGAAAGAAGAAGCUCAAAACCAUUUUACCAGAGCCAUUUCGUAGCUUGUUGGAUUACCCUUCUGGAAUCAUGCCCUUGUAUAGGGGAACUAUCCAUCCAUUGAUUCCAAACAUGGCUUUUGUGGGUUAUAUUGAGAGUGUUACAAAUCUUCACACUUCAGAGAUACGAUCCUUGUGGCUUUCUGGACUAGUAGAUGAUAAAUUUAAGCUCCCGAGUGUUGAGAAGAUGUUUUCACAAAUACUUAAGGAGAUGGAAGUCAUGAAAAGGUCAACUAGGUUCUAUGAAAGGCAUUGCAUUUCAACUUAUAGCAUCAACCACAGUGAUGAAAUAUGUGAAGAUAUGGGUUGGAGUUCAUGGAGGAAGAAGAACUGGAUAACAGAAGCAUUCAGCCCUUAUAGCAGUGAAGACUAUAAGAAGGAAGAUUGA